GUAAACACGACCUUAUCCUUGGAUCGCAGGAAGGAGCUUGACAUGCUCAGGAACAAGAUCUCCAAGGCGCUGCAGCAACUCAAGAAGGAGGAAGAAGUGUUGCGACACCUGGUGUCUGACUUUCCGGAAGCUGACAGUAUCCCCAUCAAAAAAGUUCUGGCAUUCCCCAAGACGAGGAAGGCGCUUCUUCGCAGUAUUCUGGAAGAUUGUAACUUAACAACCGAAGUCUGUGAGAGUCUGGCCGCCCCCUCCCUGGAGCACGCCCUCUCCUCCUGCCUGUGCGCAGAGGACGCGAGGAAGAUUGAGGAGGCUGUCAAGAUGGCCCCCUGGGAAUCAGGGGACACAGCUUUAACUGACGAGUCUUUACUUCGUUGGUGGUCCAACGUCAUCGACGACAACGACGAGACUGAAAGAAGCUGCUGCUUGGCGACGCCGAGCGCCAGGUCACGUGACGCCAUUUCACAAGAAACUUACGAGGGCUUGUUUGCGAGGUUUUGCGGCCCCUAUUCUAAGGUUUCCAUCGAGUGUCGAAAGAGCACUCGAGACGAAGCCAGGACAGUGGCCGACUGCAUCCACCUGACAGGUAUACGCUUCGGUCGCAGCAUCCUGCGGGACAACCAGGUGCAAAUUCUGGACAGCGAGGAUCGCUUUGUAUGCCUGACUGGACCCCCGGGGUCUGGCAAGACCCUGGUGCUGGGGCUGAAGGCGGUGGAGUGGGCGCGAGCUGGACACCGUGUCGUCAUCAUCGGGGCUCACAAACUCCGGUUUGGCGCCCUCGUUUCCUGGACCCUUUCCGGCAGGUGCAAGAAAACGCUCUGGAGGCCCUGGAAAACGUUUUCUUUGAAAAGAUUUCGCUGAGGACCGAUGUGGACACCUUCGCCAGACAUUUGCUGAACAAGUACAAAGGAGCAGGGCUGAAGAUCUUCAUUGACGAGUGUCCGUGGAUAACGACGAUGAAGGAACAAGAAACGAGACUGCUGUCUUGCAUUGACGAUCUGAAGGCCAUCACCGACUUGUACCAGAACAUUCUGGAAAUGUGCAGAAUCUCAGACUUCACUGAAGCCAGGCCAAACCUUUCUCCUAGUCCCUCUGUCGAAAAUUCAAAGAAGAACGAUCAGUCCCCCUGCAACAAAGCUCGCAAGAAAGCCUGCAACAAGACUCGCAAAACGAAACAAGAGCAUGAUGGACUCUCCACAUCCACAUCACGUGACCCAAACAAUGAGACAAAUGUGGAGGUUUCAGAAAAUACGGCCGCGGCGGCAUCUAAAAUAAAUGGUUUUUAUUACAGAAGAUCGCAGAGCAGGUACGAUGCCGGGUUGCUGCCGGCUCAGGUGUACUUCAAAAAGAUGGAAAGUCACGUGCGACACGCAGAAAAGCGAAUCUCCUUUUUGCGGACGGGGACCGCGGGCCCUCGCCUGAUGAGCAUGGACCAUAAGUGGGCCGGCCUCGUUCUGCAGAUCGCUAAUGAGCACGAGCAGAUCAUGGAGAUGAAAACUGAGGUCGAGGACCGUCUUUGUGGGUCUCAUGCAGCGCACGUGGACGUGGAGGGCAUCACAGGAGUGCUGGACGAGGUGGACAAACGAAUGCUGUCAGCCAUGGGUUUCCUCUUCCACUUCAACACUUCCCUCUACUUCUUUCUCAUUCAGAAGCUCAUGCAAGCCAUCACUCGACUACAGAAAGAGGAUGAGAAUCUCGAUGUAGCUCUGUGGACGUCUAGUGCCUUUUCCACAGAAAUCCCAAAAGCAUUUGCUGAAAAGAAGCUGGAACUGUCACUAAGAUGUCCGCCGGCGGUUCAGGAACUGUUGAUACAUCUAGAGCCAGACCUCAUCAUCGAGCAAUCUCCGCCUCGUUACACUUACCAGACUCGAACCUUUGAAGUCAAUCCUCCAUUACCCACAGUCGGACCAGAAGUCAUGUUGUUGGACCACGGAGACCACGUGACCAGUGUCAAAGAGGUCAACGACUGCCCUACAUGUGGACAAGCUUUGGCAGACUACCUUCUGGGUACACUUCGCGUUGGCGCAUGCGCGGGGAGCCUGCGGCCACGUGACAUCACCAUCAGCGGAAGUCCCGUGCACUCGGAGAGAUGUGCGCUGCUGGAGCAGCUACGUCAGCGUGGAUUGCCGCUCCUGAUGGAGUCCGAGUUGGAUCCCACCCCGCCCUCCUUCCCGGAUAAAGUCCUUGUCAUCGGAGGAAACUACCUUCAAGGUCUGGAAUCCAAAAUUGUUGUUUACGUGCCGGAAGUGAACCGAGUUCCGCUGAACCAAGUCGAUGGGAGGAUGCAGGAGGGCGGUGACGUCAGUCUUAACUGCCCGGACUGGGUGCAGCGGCUGGGGAGAUGGAACCGCAGCUACCUGUGGUUCGUCGCUUCCAGGACUUUGUCCCAUUUGAUUGUUUUCAAAAUUUGAUUUUUGAAGACCUCGAUUUUCUUUUAAGAAAAAAGUUAACAAGGUUACAAAGAUUCCCUGCGACUGUUCUUAUAACCCUGUGAAAGAAUAUUGGACAUUAAAAGCAAAACAUGAAUAUCACCAUGUACAAAACAGUUACUAGAUGUUUAGGUGAAUAUUUAAUAUAAUAUAAAUUAUCAAUUUCAUGUACAGUCCUAUUCACGUCUUCGCUAGUACGUGCUGAAUACUUCGCCAUUUUGUUUUGCUUUUCCCGCCACAUUUUGCUUACACCAUUAAAAAUAAAUGUCCAUAUUAACAGAUGCAGAUGCUGUAAUGAACAUGUAUAUUUCCAAAUUAUAGCUGCUGAAAUGUAAAUAAACACCACUUAGCAUCUGUAGGUGGUCGUGCAAUGCAGGACACCACCGAGUCACGUAAUAGCGCCGCAGUAAUGUUGCGCAGGUCACGUUGAAAUAUAUUCUUGGGGUCAACCUAUGGACUCUCAUUCCUCCCUUACAAUGUUUUGCUUGCUUCUAGUCCCAGUUUGCACACAAGAAAUUGUACAUCCUGCACGUGAAGACAAUAGCAGCAGACAGGAGGAAGCCGGAUCAUAAGUAAUGGACAGCGUGGAGGGUCUGGAUGUUAGCUCGUCUCGUCCUCGCCAGGUGUGGCUGCCAUGUUCCUGUAGGGGAUAGUAAGAUCAUGGGCUAUCUUUAACUGCCUCAUGUUUCUCUGGAUCAUGUUUAUUUUGAUGUUUAUUUUCUCCAUUCUAAAAUUCUAUUCGUGGCUCUAAAAGGGAAAAUACUACGAAAAAAAAAUUGCGACAUACUGCUACCACACAACCGUCAACAUACUUUUGGUUUUUCACAGACAUUGGGUUUGGUUGUUGUUUUUUUUAUCUUUUUCGUUAAUGUACAUAUUCACACAUGUUUUUAUCUUUAUAUAACUAUCUUUAUAUCACUUGUAUUAAUAUUGCAACUGACAGUUGCUUCCCUUGCCUCAGAAGCACCUCUCCUCCCCUCUCACACCUCUAAUACUCAUGACAAUUUAACAAUAGGAAGUUUUGAAAGAUAACAUUCAAUUAUUAUUAUUAUUACAAUGAUAACACAGAGUGGGUUGAUGAUAAUAAAGAUGAUAGAUGAGAAUAUGACAAUGAGCAGCUUCUGUAAUUAACAGUUUGGAGUCGUAUGAGCAAAGAGUGUCUUACCACCAGCACGGCCGUCAAUUGUGAACUUAUUAUGAUCUUACUAAUUAAUUAGUAGAACAAUUGUCUUCCUGCUACUAACAUGUUCUCUGUUAUAGCCGAUAAAUACAGACAAUAAUAAAGGUUUUUGUGUUUAAUAAGCAUGGGCAGUGAUGUAUGCUUUUGUUCAAUAAACAUGGUCACGUGCAUUUAUUUUUGAAGUCGUAGUUUACAAGACUAUUGCCGAUUGUGUAUUUAUAAAUAAUUGAUGUUUACUGUUCACAUUUUCUCGUUAAAUUGUUGACUUUCUCCACAAGAUAGCAUUGUAAGCUUCCAUGUUACCAUAUCUUACUUGGUUUAUAUUCUCAGCAAACAUCAGUUCUGAGUAAGUUUAUUACUUAUUUUCACAUGGUUUAUUCUCAUGACAUAUCGAUGCAUUCUUGUUGGGUUUAUCUCCACAAAUGUUUAACAUGUUCAACAGACUGAAAUAAACUGUCUAAAGAGAAAAAAAA